CCUGAACUCAGCUGAACUCAGGUCACUUGUCAACAUGUCCUACAACUGCUGCUCCAGAAACUUCUCCUCCUGCUCCCUCGGGGGCUACCUGCGCUACCCAGGCUCUUCCUACCCAAGCAACCUGGUCUACAGCACCGACCUCUGCUCUCCCAACCCCUGCCAGCUGGGCUCCUCUGUCUACAGGGGCUGUCAGGAGGCCUGCCGUGAGCCUGCCAGGUGCCAGACGUCCUGUGUGGAGCCCAGCCCCUGCCAGGUGUCCUGCUACCGCCCAAGGACCUUCACGCUCUGCAGUCCCUCCCUGUCAACUUAUUCUGGGUCUCUGGGCUGUGGGUCCAGCAGCUUCUCCUCCCAGGGCUGUGGACCCAAUGGCUUCAGACCCCUGGGUUAUGGAGUCUGUGGUUUCCCUUCUCUGAGCUAUGCAUCUAGAUUGUACCCCCCAACCUGCUUUCCUUCCAGGAGUUUCUAUUCAUCUUGUUACUGAUCACACUACAGGUCUGGCUUCUACUGACUAAUGUGUAGCCAUGCCAAUUUCAGAAACACAGAUUCUGUACUGAUAUUAUCUGUUAUCUAAAGUUCUUCUUUUGAAAAGUAUCCUAAUAUUCCCUGAUCACUGGUAACUCUUUACUUCUUCAGCCUUCACACUUGCUGAUAGAUUAACUCUGUCAAACUGAAAAAUUAAUGAGCAAUUUGAAAUGCACUGUUGAUAGAACUGUUUUGAAUUUCUCACAAAAAUAGUUGGAAAGUCAAAUAAUUCUAUUUUAAUAAACUCUUCAUUCUG